CUGACCUUCGUCUCUCGUUCAUCCUCCUACCUUUCUGCGGGCUCGCAGCCACCGCAGCUCUGUUCGUUACGGGAUGCUUGGACGUCUGUCUGGCCUGGUGCGCCGAACGUGUCUCAUCCUCUUGGCGGUCAGCGCAGUCGGCCGCUCACUGUCGGUGAACCGCACAAUCGACGACGAGAAGGGCGAUUCUGUCACCGGCGAAGUCCCCGUUUACACCCCCGACGGCUCUUGGAGCCAGGGCUCGACUUGCAGCGGCUGCUUCAUCCAACUCGACCCCUCCCAGACGUUCGACGGGACAUGGCACGACUCCACGCACACACCCGGCGACGCGGAACCGCGGGUCAUCACCGCUCACUUCACGGGCACGGCCGUGUACGUGUUCAAUGCGAUCGCGAACACGGUCCCGUUCACGACCACGCUCACGAACCUCACCUUCACGCUCGAUGGUGACCCGGUCGGUCAGUUCGUGCAUACUCCGUCGGACAGUACCGACUUCCAGUACAACGUCCUGGUGUUCGCGCGAACCGGCCUAUCGAACAUCACUCACACGAUCGUGAUCGAGGCGACUGGAGACACAAACUCUUCUCUGGUCCUUUUCGAUUACAUCGUGUACACCUUCGAAGAAGACGUGAGCGACCCCACUAUCACUGUGACUGCCAGUGCACCCACGCACUCGUCAUCUGCUCCUAUUCCCCCUCCCAUUACUCCGCCGACAGUCUCAUCCUCUACGCCUACUAUCUCGGCCUCUGCAAAUGCUGGCACUUCGAGUGGUCCAACCUCGGGCUCAACCUCGGGCUCAACUGUCUUGUCGUCGACGCCCUCUAGCUCGAGUGCACAAACGUCCGCGUCCUCCGACCCGGGUUCCGCAAUUGACGCUUCGUCGCAGAAGGGGUCCACCGUAUCGACCGGUGCCGUCGUUGGGGGCGUAGUCGGAGGGGUGAUCGUGCUCGUAGUUGGGGGUGUGUUGGCGUUUUGCUUCUUCCGUAAGCACCGCCAGGCUGGCUUGCCUUACACUCGCGCUCAGCGCGAUCUCGACCUGGCGGAGACCAGUGCUAUCGAACGGAGCGCGACAUUGGGAGGGCCUACUCUCUACGGAGCCACUGCCCAGAGCGGAUCCACUGCCCAAGGCGGGUUCGUCUCCCCAUUCGUGGACCCCACUCCCUCGCCGGCGUCAUCUCCGUUCGUGGAUCCUGCCCGACCGUCGCUCUCGGACUCCUUUGCUCCUCAUCCACCACCUUCACAUUGGGCAGCGUUCUCUGCUCCAGGUUCAUCCACAGGCACGUCUAACUACCCUAUCACCAGCCCAACAUCCGGUCAGAGCGGUUCGACCACAUCUUUCUCCAACCCGACGUCCGCUUACAGCAGCUCGCCCACGCCUUUCUCUACCUCGACCGCUACUCCUAGUGGCUCGCUUGCAGGCAUACUGGUGUCUGAAGGAUCUGUACCCUCGAACGUUCGUGGCGCGCGUCCGCUGCCUCAGCCAUCGACGUCGGAUUCAGGGUCCUCUAGUGGCUAUUCCCCUACAACGCACUCCGCGGCAUCGCUAUCUCAGGCCGGCCUAUUAGCGACGUCAGCGCAGCGCUCAGACCCGCGUUCUGCACGUCCUGGCAUCUUGACACGACGAUCCCUGCGUCUUGCUGGACAGCCGAUCCCGGUCGACGUAAAACCGCCACUCCCCGAUAGUGCAGCGGAACCUUCAUCCCCCACACGAACAGAACUGGAUGCGGUGUCAGAGGUGACCGGGACGUCAACACUACGAGCGCAGGUUGCGGCGCUGCAGGAGGAGGUCGAGAGGCUUCGAGGGCAGCAGGAAUGGCAGCAUCUAUUUGAAGAGGCGCCUCCACAAUAUCACGAGGCAUAACGCCGGGAUGGGAGUCGUGGCGCGAACUACGCUUGCUCGACCUCGACCGCUCCUUCAUGACGACCUUCAUCCUCAGCGGACACAGUGCCACAUUAGAGCAGAUCACCGUUUCUCGCAAGAGGUGCUUAGAUUCUGCAAGGUCAUCCACAGGCAUCACACGAGUACCUAUUCUGUAUCUACGGGUAUAGACGAACAGAUUGAUGUGGACUAGUUUGCGGGCGUCGAAGCCUUUCAUAUACUUAGUCGCUAACGACGCUGUGUCGCUGGGCGCUGUCGGGCGCUUAGCAUGUGCAACUUCUUUCUUUACUACUACCAUCAUCGGUGACCCACUAUAUACCACAACCUCUCCUUUCAGGCAUGCUCGGGCAGGUUACAUGUAUAUUACUAACAUAUGACAUGGUAUAACUAUCACAAAGACGUCGAUGCAAGAGCGGCCCGCCCGAAGGUAUGUCGCUUCAAUGGCUGUCUUUGUACAAAGCCCUUGUGGCAGAUUCGAAUAUGGUUCAAUGACAUGGUUUGGUCAAACCCUAUCUGCGCGGCGGCCAUCUCGAUGAUGUCGUGUGAGGUAACACUACCGCCCAAGUCAUCGAACAGGAUGAUUGCGUUCGGCACA